GUAAAAAUAAAACAGAAUCUAGUUACGAAGAAAUGCUUCAAAUCAUAAUUCAUAAAUGUGCCGAAAGAAAUUUGUUUCCGGACCCACAAACAAUUAAUGUGGACUUUGAAAAAGCAGUAAUCAAUGCUAUAAAAUCUGUUAUUGGAGAAGAUGUACAAAUCCAGGGAUGCUUUUUUCAUCUCUGUCAAAGUACCCACAGAAAAAUACAACAGUUAGGUCUUGAACAAUUAUAUAGGUCAAAUGAAGAGUUUUCCCAUUUUUGUGGCAUGUUAGACAGUCUGGCGUUUUUACCAAUAAAUUAUAUUAAUACAGGUUUAACGUAUUUAAAAAGUGUCAUGUCUGAAGAAGCUACAGAUUUAGUCGAGUAUUUUGAGCGCACAUAUAUAGGGUCGUAUAAAAGAGUUGGGAACGGACAAUCGGAGUUACGAAUAAAAAUGAGAAAAACAUCUCCUCAUUUUCCACCAUCUGUCUGGAAUGUAAGAGACGCAACAUUAAACAACGGAGAUCGAACUAACAAUGUAUGUGAAGGAUGGAAUAAUCGGUUUUCCAACUUAGUGAAUCACAAGCAUCCAACAAUUUGGACAUUAAUUACCAAGAUGCGGCAUGAAAAUGCAGCAGACGAAACUAAAGUAGCACAGCGUCAACUGGGUACCAUCGGACCACCAUCGAAAAAAAAAAAAAAAGAUAUAUUAAAACAUCUUUGCGAAGAGUUCGAUGGUGGAAGUAGAGACAUUCCAAAUUUUUUAAAUGCGAUUGCUAAUUUUAUUAGAAAGUAAUAAAAUGUUCUAUUUU